AAUGGAGAAAAUCUUUUUAACAGUCGGUUUUAUGAUUUUAUUGGGAGCCAGCCUCUACUUGAACAACACAUAAGAAGUAUCAGAUGAAAUAGAUACAGGCAAUCUUUAUACAAAUUGGAAGAUGAAAUAUAACAAGAGAUAUACAAACCAAAGAGAUGAGAUGUACAGAUACAAGGUUUUCACUGACAACCUUAACUUCAUCAGAGCUUUCUAAGAAAGUCGAAAAGAAACUACAUACACUAUGGAAUUGAAUCAAUUUGCUGAUAUGAGCUAAUAAGAAUUUGCUUAGACCUAUUUAAGUCUUAGAGUUCGAAAGACAUCCAAAAUCAAUGCUGCCAAUGAUAACUUCUAGUACAAGGGUGCAGAAGUCGAUUGGACCACUGAUAAAAAGAUUAAAUACCCUGCUGUCAAGAACUAAGGAUCAUGUGGUUCAUCAUGGGCAUUUUCUGCAGUUGGUACACUUGAAAUCAACUCUGAUAUUGAACUCAACAAGAGAUAUGUCUUGUCUGAAUAAGAUCUAGUUGACUGCACAAGACCAUAUGGCAAUUAAGGAUGCAAAGGCGGUUGGGUGGAUUUAGCUUAUCAUUAUGUUCUUGACUAUGGUUUGACUGAAGCUAAAGAUUAUCCAUACACUGGUAAGGAUGAAGAAUGCCAGUCCUCAGCUAAUAGACCAUUCUAACAUCUUGCAGGAUACUAUCUUUAUGAAACAUGCAGUUAAUUAGCUGAUGCAAUCUAAAAAAGAACAGUCGCUAUUGCAGUUGAUGCCAAUUCUUGGUAGUUCUACGGUAAUUAUUUAAAUUUAUUUUUUUAGGAAGUGGUGUCCUUUCAGAAUGUACUAAAGACUUAAAUCACGCAGCCGUCCUUGUUGGUGUCUCAGCUGAUGGUGUUUGGAAGAUCAGAAACUCAUGGGGAGCUACUUGGGGAGAAGCUGGUCACAUCAGACUUACUGAAGGUGAUACUUGUGGUAUAUGUGCUGAUCCAUCUUCCCCAGUAUUAUAAUGAA